ACAAAAGCCAUUCCUUCAAUCACUCAAAUCCACUGUGACUCCGUGAGCUCUCCCUGCCUGCUGCCCUGCACACUCCCCGCCCAGCCGCACCAGCUCAGCUCAGCAGUCAUGGCUCGCCCCUGCCGCAGCAGCAGCAGCGCCGCUGCCCGCCUCCUCCUGCUGCUCGCCGCCGUCGCAGCGGCGCUCCAGGCAGCGGCCGCCACGCCGCCGGUGGCCAGCGGCUUCAUCCGCAAAUCCUGCCGCGCGACGCAGUACCCGUCGGUGUGCGAGCAGAGCCUCGCGGCGUACGGAGGCUCCCCGCCGCCGCGGAGCCCGCGGGAGCUGGCGCGCGCCGCGCUGGCGGUGAGCGCGGACCGCGCUCGGGCAGCGUCCGCGUACGUCGGCCGCCUGUGCGGCUCCCGGUCCGGAUCCGGCGACGGCAGCCCCCGCCGCGGCGCCGGCGCCGGCGCGAAGAAGGGGUCGGCGGCCGCGGGUCCCGUGCGCGACUGUCUGGAGAAUCUAGCGGACAGCGUGGGCCACCUCCGCGACGCGGCGCAGGAGAUAGGCGGCGCCGGGAUGGCCCGCGCCGGGACGCGCGCGUUCAGGUGGCACCUGAGCAACGUGCAGACCUGGUGCAGCGCCGCGCUCACGGACGAGAACACCUGCCUGGACGGGCUCUCGUCCCGCGCCGUGGACGCCGCCACGCGCGCCGCCGUCCGCGGCAGGGUCGUCGAGGUCGCGCAGGUCACCAGCAACGCGCUCGCACUCGUCAACAAGGUCGGGCCUGGGUACUAGUAGCCCAGGGCGGCCUGGGUGCUACUACUACUACUGCCUCCUCCACGACGUUGGUUGUUUCAGCCUCGGCAGUUAACUAGUUCUGUUAUUAUCAAUGUGUGUGUUUCUUUGCAUAUAAGUAUAUGCUUUGUAUCUGUUGUGUGAGGUAAUUUAUAUAUAGUUAAGGCCUUAAGGGUAAUUUGUAUAUUGUAUUAUGGGUGGCGAGAGGUACACGAAGACGGAUAAUCCUUCUUAUGAAUUGUCACCAUGUUCACUGUA